UCCACUAUAUGUUAUAAUUAAAAACGAAAAUAUGAUAUUCCAAGAGAUAUUUAAAAAAAAAAAUUAAUGUUCCACAUAUAUUGCAGAUUUAUGUUUCUAAUAGUUUUUUUUCAAAAAUAAAUAAAUUUUAUCUAUUCGUUUUUUCCAGUUAUGACAUCCUCAGAGUCAGAUGGCGUUGAUGAAGCCUUUGAAGAUAUGUUUGACGAAGAAUUUGAUAAUAUCAUCGACUCCCUAGUAGAUGUUCAAACCAACAAGCCCAAAAAAAGAGCUUAUAUUGAAAGAGAUCGGGAACAAGGACACAUUCAACUAUGGAACGACUAUUUCCACGAAAAUCCCACUUACCCGCCGGUGAUGUUUAGGCGGCGUUUUCGAAUGAACAAACCCUUGUUCCUCCGCAUUGUUGAUUGCCUUACUACUGAAGUUCCAUACUUUCAGCAAAGAAGAAAUGCUCACGGCAGGUACGGCCUAUCACCACUUCAAAAAUGUACUGCAGCUAUAUGUAUGCUCGCAUAUGGUCAAUCUGGAGAUACGUAUGACGAAUAUCUUCGACUUGGUGAAAGUACUGCACUUUUAUGUUUAGAACAUUUCACUAAUGGGAUAGUACAAUUGUUUGGAGAUGAGUAUCUAAGAACACCAACACCGGAAGAUCUUCAACGAUUACUCGACAUUGGCGAGAAGCGCGGGUUUCCCGGGAUGAUAGGCAGCAUUGAUUGUAUGCAUUGGCAGUGGAAAAACUGUCCAACGGCUUGGAGAGGCCAAUACACCCGUGGUUCAGGAAAACCAACAAUUGUCUUAGAGGCUGUGGCAUCAUAAGAUCUUUGGAUAUGGCACGCAUUUUUCGGAUUACCAGGUACCCUCAACGAUAUCAAUGUUCUUGAUCGGUCACCAGUUUUUGAUGACAUAUUGCAAGGUCGAGCACCUAAAGUUAAAUUCAAGGUCAACAACCACACUUACCGUAUGGCGUACUACCUUACUGACGGAAUUUAUCCGAAUUGGUCAACAUUUAUCCAAUCCAUCCCACUUCAUCAAGGUCCUAAAGCUGAGCUAUUUGCUCAACGUCAAGAAUCCACCAGAAAAGAUGUCGAACGUGCUUUCGGGGUAUUGCAAUCGAGGUUUGCAAUAGUUAAAAACCCUGCUCUACUAUGGGACAAGGAAAAGAUAGGGAAAAUUAUGAGAACUUGUGUCAUAUUGCACAAUAUGAUAGUAGAGGACGAACGAGACGGAUACAGUCUUACUGAUACAUCUGAGUUCGAGUCAGGAGAGUCAAGCAGAGGUUCGAAGGUCAAAAGGAGAGAAAGUUUGCAUUCACAUAAUAUGCUAGGCAUGCGCAAUGAAGUUCGGGAUUCAGGGAAACAUGAUAAGUUGAAAGCUGAUUUAGUUGAAAAUGUAUGGCAAAAAUUUAGUAAUGAAUAAUCUUUCUAUGUUCAUCAAUUAUCAAUGUAAUGAAUAAAAUUUUAUAAAAAAUUAUAAAUUAUUAUAUUUUAUUCAUGUAUUAAAAAAAAAUCAAAACUAAAUUUUUUU